AUGGCUCUCGCUUCCACCUCCCCUCUUGCCGCCACCGCCGCUCGACCUAAGGCUUCCGCUCCCCUCACGCGCUGUCGUUCAGGCCGCCUACAACGCAUCUCCUGCCAGGCGACCACCGACCGCCCCCGCGGCGGCAAUGCGUCGAACACGUCGCCGGCGCCGCCGAGGUGGCGCGUAGCGGUCUCUGCAGCUCUCGCGGCCGCCGUAGUCGCAGCGAUGCCUGCCCACGCAGAUCUGAACAAGUACGAGGCGGAUCAGAGGGGCGAGUUUGGCAUCGGCUCAGCCGCGCAGUUCGGCAAUGCGGACCUCAAAAACACUGUGCAUGUUAACGAAAACUUCAGGCGGGCGAACUUCACAUCUGCUGAUAUGAGGGAAUCAGAUUUUAGUGGUUCCACAUUCAAUGGUGCCUAUAUGGAAAAGGCUGUUGCUUUCAGAGCAAAUUUCACAGGUGCAGAUUUGAGUGACACUUUAAUGGAUCGCAUGGUUCUCAAUGAAGCUAAUCUCACAAAUGCUGUGCUUUCACGGACCGUCCUUACACGUAGUGAUCUCGGUGGAGCAACCAUUGAAGGUGCUGACUUCAGUGAUGCUGUUAUUGACCUACCACAGAAACUGGCUUUGUGCAAAUAUGCAAGCGGGACCAAUCCUGUAACUGGAGUCAGCACCCGGAAAAGCCUUGGAUGUGGCAACAGUCGCCGGAACGCAUAUGGGAGCCCUUCCUCCCCUCUUUUAAGUGCCCCGCCACCUAAACUUCUGGACCGUGAUGGUUUCUGUGAUGAAGCUAGUGGUUUGUGUGAUGCGAAGUGA